GUAUAUAAGAGACAGAUUCCUUGAUUCUGCAUAUUCGUUAUUACUGUAAUCAUGAAACUCUGCUUUGGUAUCGUGUUGGCUGUUACAGUUUUGGUCUUGGCCAAUGCUGAAAACAUAGGGGAGUUAUAUCGAAAUGUCGAGAGCGAGUGCAAGAAACCAGAUGCAAUAAAACCUCUUUUCCUUUGCAUGAACGUCAAAUUUGGUAUACAGAAAGAAAAUGGAGACAUUGACGAAGUUGUUUUGAGGAAAAACCUCGCACAACGUCAUAAAUUUGGUGCUGAUAAAAUUAACGAAGUUAUAAAUGAAUGUGGCGUCAGGAAAGGUAUUACUGCUGGUGAAGCUGGAGAUGCAUUGAGACACUGCCUUCGUAAGUAUUUUGCUACCGUAUAGGUACUCAAGAAGAGAUCAAUUUUUCACAUACCCCAAUUGUUACCAGGAAAUAAAAAUAUUUUCAAGUA